CCAGCCAGCCUACAUGAUAUCUAAUCAAUCAAUUGAUUUGACAACGGAUUAGUUGAAAACAAACCCACGUUUUCUGCCUCACGAAUCAAUCCUAACCUUUGCACGUCUCAUCCGUCUUCACUAAAAGCUCGGCUGGAGAGCUCUCUACCGGUUAACGGUUAACGGUUACCUCAUUUUGAAAGAUGACGACCUCUGUAUAACGCACACGCUUUUUAAAGAUUUGUGAUUUCUCCUCCGUCGCCCGAGAGCAGAGUAAAGGAGUCGGUCCCUUUCAGCACCUUCCCUCCGAGAAGAGGGAUGUGUUGAAUUCGUUCGGGAAGGCGAGGGCGGAACGGUAGUUUACAGAAAGUGUUGCUACCGCACGGCAACAGAGCUGGGGUCUAACCGCUACUCGACUUCACAGUGGAGAUUCAUCCGAGGAAUUCCCUCACUACGGAAACGGAAGCAUCUGGAGCGUGUUAGUUACUACGGCAGAUGAAGAUGUAUGGCGAGCGAGCGCUCGUGAUUUAACGAUGUAAAUAGUCUAUGGGGGAGUCUGUCUGUGGGGCGGACACGUUUUAUGUCUGGAGAAGAGACAAGACAGCCUUGAUCCGCGCUGACGGCUCGGUGGGAAACCCCUCUAUCUAACCUGGGCAGUAACGCAUGACCGCUAGACAGACAGACAGACAGACAGACAGAUCAUUGCUUCUGUCUUCCACGCUAGCUAGAGGAGGCACAGAGAGGAGACAUCUAUCUAUCUACGUCUAUCCAGGUCGCUCAGCAGCUCCGCGGAGCACAAUGCCCUCGUAGGAGCUGAUAUGCAGACGCGUUGUGUAGGAGACUCGGGGAAAGGCCGUUGAAUAAAGUACUCCUCCACUCCCCAGUCCCUUCACCUCGUGCCAGACAUGACGGGUCAGAGCCUGGAGGAGCUGACAGCAGCCUAUGAGGAUCACAGCAUCCGCAUCAAUGUGGGCGGGUUCAAGAAGAGCCUGUUCUCCAACACGCUGUCUCGCUUCCCGGAGACCCGUCUGGCUCGGCUGUUACAGUGCCAAUCAAAAGAGUCGGUGCUAGAGCUCUGCGACGACUACGACGACGCGGAAAAAGAGUUUUAUUUCGACAGAAACCCGUCUCUUUUUCCUUACGUGUUGAAUUUCUACAACACCGGGAGGCUCCACGUCAUGGCAGAGCUGUGCAUCUUCUCCUUCAGUCAGGAGAUCGAGUACUGGGGCAUCGACGAAUUCUUCAUCGACUCGUGUUGCAGCAACACCUACCACUGCCGGAAGAUGGAUCCUAACCGCGGCGAGGACUGGGACGACUGCCGGAGCGACGAGGGCAGCGGGAGCACCUCGUCAUCGUUCGACGAGAUUCUCGAGUUCUAUAACGACGCCACUAAGUUCGAUAAGCAGCCGCUGGGGAGCGUCCGCAGGCGGAUCUGGCUGAUCCUGGAUAACCCGGGGUACUCCGUCGCCAGCCGAGUCAUCAGUAUCCUCUCUAUCCUGGUCGUGUUGGGUUCUAUAACCACCAUGUGCAUGAACAGUAUGGCUGAGUUUACCCUGGUGGACAGGGAGGGGACGCCUCACGAGGACCCCAGGUUUGAAACGGUGGAACACUUUGGUAUCGGCUGGUUCACCUUGGAGCUGGUGGCUCGGUUCACGGUAGCCCCGGAUCUUCUCCACUUCUUCAAGCAUCCGUUGAACUUAAUAGACCUGGUGUCGAUUGUACCGUUCUACCUGACGCUCCUCGUCGAUCUGGUGGCCGAGAGCAGCCCGGCGUUGGCGAAUCUGGGGCGCGUGGCGCAGGUGCUACGACUGAUGAGGAUCUUCCGUAUCCUGAAGCUGGCGCGUCACUCCACGGGGCUGCGCUCUCUGGGCGCCACGUUGAGAAACAGCUAUAAGGAGGUAGGGUUGCUACUGCUCUACCUGGCGGUGGGCGUGUCCUUUUUCUCUGUCAUGGCCUACACCGUGGAGAAGGAGGACAGCGAGGACUUCUCCACCAUCCCGGCAUGCUGGUGGUGGGCCACGGUGAGCAUGACCACGGUGGGGUACGGAGACGUGGUCCCGGUGUCUAUCGCCGGUAAGAUGACCGCCUCGGCCUGUAUCCUGGCAGGCAUCCUGGUGGUUGUGCUUCCCAUCACGCUCAUAUUCAAUAAGUUCUCGCUCUUCUACAAGAGACAGAAACGAUUAGAGAUCGCUAUGCGAAGCUGCGACUUCGACCAGGAGAUCAAAGAAAACCUUCCCUCUGUCAAUCUGAGGAACUAUUAUGCACACAAGGUGAAAUCUCUCAUGGCCAGUCUGUCCAAUAUCAACCGGAGCUUGCCCAGCGGACACAGUCUGAACGAGAUGUCAAUACAGCAAGAUCUGUGAAUCAACAGACCCCCCCCCCCUUUUGGCCUUAUAAGGAACGACGUGACCAAAGGAGCCAUGUAGCCCUGUUGAAUAGAGCUACAUGGGAAGCUGUAGCCCUGUUGAAUAGAGCUACAUGGGAAGCUGUAGCCCUGUUGAAUAGAGCUACAUGGGGAAGCUGUAGCCCUGUUGAAUAGAGCUACAUGGGAAGCUGUAGCCCUGUUGAAUAGAGCUACAUGGGAAGCUGUAGCCCUGUUGAAUAGAGCUACAUGGGAAGCUGUAGCCCUGUUGAAUAGAGCUACAUGGGAAGCUGUAGCCCUGUUGAAUAGAGCUACAUGGGAAGCUGUAGCCCUGUUGAAUAGAGCUACAUGGGGAAGCUGUAGCCCUGUUGAAUAGAGCUACAUGGGAAGCUGUAGCCCUGUUGAAUAGAGCUACAUGGGAAGCUGUAGCCCUGUUGAAUAGAGCUACAUGGGAAGCUGUAGCCCUGUUGAAUAGAGCUACAUGGGGAAGCUGUAGCCCUGUUGAAUAGAGCUACAUGGGAAGCUGUAGUCCUGUUGAAUAGAGCUACAUGGGAAGCUGUAGCCCUGUUGAAUAGAGCUACAUGGGAAGCUGUAGCCCUGUUGAAUAGAGCUACAUGGGAAGCUGUAGCCCUGUUGAAUAGAGCUACAUGGGAAGCUGUAGCCCUGUUGAAUAGAGCUACAUGGGAAGCUGUAGCCCUGUUGAAUAGAGCUACAUGGGAAGCUGUAGCCCUGUUGAAUAGAGCUACAUGGGAAGCUGUAGCCCUGUUGAAUAGAGCUACAUGGGAAGCUGUAGCCCUGUUGAAUAGAGCUACAUGGGAAGCUGUAGCCCUGUUGAAUAGAGCUACAUGGGAAGCUGUAGCCCUGUUGAAUAGAGCUACAUGGGAAGCUGUAGCCCUGUUGAAUAGAGCUACAUGGGGAAGCUGUAGCCCUGUUGAAUAGAGCUACAUGGGAAGCUGUAGCCCUGUUGAAUAGAGCUACAUGGGAAGCUGUAGCCCUGUUGAAUAGAGCUACAUGGGAAGCUGUAGCCCUGUUGAAUAGAGCUACAUGGGAAGCUGUAGUCCUGUUGAAUAGAGCUACAUGGGAAGGUGUAGCCCUGUUGAAUAGAGAGCUACAUGGGAAGCUGUAGCCCUGUUGAAUAGAGCUACAUGGGAAGCUGUAGCCCUGUUGAAUAGAGCUACAUGGGAAGCUAUAGCCCUGUUGAAUAGAGCUACAUGGGAAGCUGUAGCCCUGUUGAAUAGAGCUACAUGGGAAGCUGUAGCCCUGUUGAAUAGAGCUACAUGGGAAGCUGUAGCCCUGUUGAAUAGAGCUACAUGGGAAGCUGUAGCCCUCUUGAAUAGAGAGCUACAUGGGAAGCUGUAGCCCUGUUGAAUAGAGCUACAUGGGAAGCUGUAGCCCUGUUGAAUAGAGCUACAUGGGAAGCUGUAGCCCUGUUGAAUAGAGCUACAUGGGGAGCUGUAGCCCUGUUGAAUAGAGCUACAUGGGAAGCUGUAGCCCUGUUGAAUAGAGCUACAUGGGAAGCUGUAGCCCUGUUGAAUAGAGCUACAUGGGAAGCUGUAGCCCUGUUGAAUAGAGCUACAUGGGAAGCUAUAGCCCUGUUGAAUAGAGCUACAUGGGAAGCUGUAGCCCUGUUGAAUAGAGCUACAUGGGAAGCUGUAGCCCUGUUGAAUAGAGCUACAUGGGAAGCUGUAGCCCUGUUGAAUAGAGCUACAUGGGAAGCUGUAGCCCUGUUGAAUAGAGCUACAUGGGAAGCUGUAGCCCUGUUGAAUAGAGCUACAUGGGAAGCUGUAGCCCUGUUGAAUAGAGCUACAUGGGAAGCUGUAGCCCUGUUGAAUAGAACUACACAGGAAGCUGUAGCCCUGUUGAAUAGAACUACACAGGAAGCUGUAGCCCUGUUGAAUAGAGCUACAUGGGAAGCUGUAGCCCUGUUGAAUAGAGAGCUACAUGGGGAGCUGUAGCCCUGUUGAAUAGAGCUACAUGGGAAGCUGUAGCCCUGUUGAAUAGAGCUACAUGGGUAGCUGUAGCCCUGUUGAAUAGAGCUACAUGGGAAGCUGUAGCCCUGUUGAAUAGAGCUACAUGGGAAGCUGUAGCCCUGUUGAAUAGAGCUACAUGGGAAGCUGUAGCCCUGUUGAAUAGAGCUACAUGGGAAGCUGUAGCCCUGUUGAAUAGAGCUACAUGGGAAGCUGUAGCCCUGUUGAAUAGAGCUACAUGGGAAGCUGUAGCCCUGUUGAAUAGAGCUACAUGGGAAGCUGUAGCCCUGUUGAAUAGAGCUACAUGGGGAAGCUGUAGCCCUGUUGAAUAGAGCUACAUGGGAAGCUGUAGCCCUAUUGAAUAGAGAGCUACAUGGGAAGCUGUAGCCCUGUUGAAUAGAGCUACAUGGGAAGCUGUAGCCCUGUUGAAUAGAGAGCUACAUGGGAAGCUGUAGCCCUGUUGAAUAGAGCCUAUGCCAUGGGGUUCAUCACUAGGGGUCAACCCUAGGCCAUGGGGUUCAUCACUAGGGUUCAACCCUAGGCCAUGGGGUUCAUCACUAGUCACUAGGGGUCAACCCUAGGACAUGGGGUUCAUCACUAGUCACUAGGGGUCAACCCUAGGCCAUGGGGUUCAUCACUAGUCACUAGGGGUCAACCCUAGGACAUGGGGUUCAUCACUAGUCACUAGGGGUCAACCCUAGGACAUGGGGUUCAUCACUAGUCACUAGGGGUCAACCCUAGGCCAUGGGGUUCAUCACUAGUCACUAGGGGUCAACCCUAGGACAUGGGGUUCAUCACAAGGGGUCAACCCUAGGACAUGGGGUUCAUCACUAGUCACUAGGGGUCAACCCUAGGCCAUGGGGUUCAUCACUAGGGGUCAACCCGAGGACAUGUGGUUCAUCACUAGAGGUCAACCCUAGGCCAUGGGGUUCAUCACUAGGGGUCAACCCUAGGACAUGGGGUUCAUCACUAGUGUCCCCUAAAGUAUAGUCAUUGUGAUAUUGUCCAAAGUAGAUCUUUACUCACGUUCUCCUGUUAUGAAGUAGUUUGAUGUGUAACUGUUGUACUUAGAUGAGAUGUCUAGAAACCCAUAUUAAAGAUCAAUACAUAUUGAUACCUUCAGAUGUCUAGAAACCCAUAUUAAAGAUCAAUACAUAUUGAUCAGAUGUCUAGAAACCCAUAUUAAAGAUCAAUACAUAUUGAUCAGAUGUCUAGAAACCCAUAUUAAAGAUCAAUACAUAUUGAUACCUUCAGAUGUCUAGAAACCCAUAUUAAAGAUCAAUACAUAUUGAUCAGAUGUCUAGAAACCCAUAUUAAAGAUCAAUACAUAUUGAUCAGAUGUCUAGAAACCCAUAUUAAAGAUCAAUACAUAUUGAUCAGAUGUCUAGAAACCCAUAUUAAAGAUCAAUACAUAUUGAUCAGAUGUCUAGAAACCCAUAUUAAAGAUCAAUACAUGUUGAUACCUUCAGAUGUCUAGAAACCCAUAUUAAAGAUCAAUACAUAUUGAUACCUACAGAUGUCUAGAAACCCAUAUUAAAGAUCAAUACAUAUUGAUACCUUCAGCUGUCUAGAAACCCAUAUUAAAGAUCAAUACAUAUUGAUACCUUCAGAUGUCUAGAAACCCAUAUUAAAGAUCAAUACAUAUUGAUCAGAUGUCUAGAAACCCAUAUUAAAGAUCAAUACAUGUUGA